CCGAGAUCGUUUCAGCACACGGCCAUGUUAAAUCUCUAGACGGAAGAGACAAAAGCCACAGCAACAAAGAAUUUCUCAAGAAACGCUCGAUGAGUCGAGUUUUUCAAAUCCGCGAAGAUUCAAACCCUUCAGAAUUAGAAGGUGGUGCUUCCCAGAGUACAGGAUUUCCUCCAGGGAAGUGUUCAGAAAUUUUGACAGUAAAGUGAGGAAAAACGACAGUCAUCGUGAAGCCAAGAGUGGAAAAAAAUGGAUGGACUCUUAAUGUAAUUGUGGAGCAUAGUGUUCAGCAAUUUUGACAGUAAACUGACGAAAACGAGACAUUGCGAGGCCAAAAGUGGAAGAAUUUAUGAAUGUAAACGUAAUCUUGGAUAACUGAUCCUGGAUCAAGCUGAAAUUCAUCAGUGCCAUUUGAGUUUUUCAGCUGGUUAAAGUAAAGCAAGAAACAUUGAGCAAAGUUUUAGAAAUUCCCCAUGAAGAAGAGAAUACCAGGAUUUUAGGAGCACGUGUAGAACAAUUAGUUAGCCUUGUGCUAUUGAAUGUGAAGACUGACAGUUUUGGAUACCAAAAGGAAUAUUGAGGGCACAAAAAAUUUCUGUAAUCAAACAUUUGGGGGAGGGGGAAAGAAAGCUAAAAAGAAAAGUUAAUACUUUGAAAUUUUUCAGGGAUUGUGUAGAAGUGAUUUUUGAACUGCAUUAAUAGAUUUUUGAUCACUUGCAUUUUAAAUCCUUGUGCAAGACUUGAAUUUGUAAGUACCUUUUUGCUAAUUAUUUUGUACAUUGGCUCUAGGCUUAUGAAAUAUUUAUUGAUAUAAAUAUAUUUUUCUCCUAUUUUGGGAGCGCUUUCUUAUUAUAAAACAAUUGUUUUACGUUAGAUACUCUUCUUUUUAAGAGUUCUGUUCGUACCAGAAACGGAAACUGUUUACAAAAGCGUGCAUUGCGCGAAACCGUAAUUAAGUUCAACAAAUAUCUAAAAAGUAGCAGAAAAGAUUAUUUUGAUUGCCACUGUUGAGGAAAACUUUAACAAUGGCUACAGCAAGAACAGAGAUCCCUGCUUCAGUCAUGCCAAUGACCAAACAUAAUGGACAGUCCAAGCUAAUGACCCUCCAGUCAGGAUCACUUACUUCAACACAAUCAGGAAAAGCACUUCUUGCACCCCAGAAAGGAAGCAGUAUACCCAAAAGCAGUGGUGGUAUCAGGUUUGGGGAUGACUGGAAGAAAUGCCUGCAGCUUCCACCGAAAGAUACAAGAGUAAAAACCACAGAUGUGACAGCGACAAAGGGAAAUGAAUUUGAAGAUUACUGCCUUAAGCGAGAACUGCUAAUGGGCAUCUUUGAGAUGGGCUGGGAGAAGCCUUCCCCUAUCCAGGAAGAGAGUAUUCCCAUUGCCUUGUCAGGGAGAGACAUUCUUGCACGAGCUAAAAAUGGCACAGGGAAAAGCGGAGCCUACCUCAUUCCCCUCUUGGAGAGGAUUGAUCUAAAGAAGGACUACGUUCAAGCCAUAGUGGUGGUGCCAACUCGUGAGUUGGCUUUGCAGGUGAGCCAGAUAAGCAUCAACAUGAGCAAGCACCUUGGUGGCAUCAAAGUUAUGGCUACAACAGGUGGCACCAACCUGAGGGAUGACAUCAUGCGUCUUGAUGAGAUAGUACAUGUAAUAAUUGCUACCCCAGGCAGAAUCCUGGACUUGAUAAAGAAAAGGGUGGCCAAAGUUGACAAAGCUCAGAUGAUUGUGAUGGAUGAGGCUGAUAAAUUGCUUUCUCAAGACUUUGUGGUGCUCAUUGAGGACAUCAUAAGCUUCCUGCCCAAAAAACGUCAAAUACUUCUCUAUUCUGCCACUUUCCCCACAAGUGUGCAGAAAUUCAUGACCAAACACCUUCAGAAGCCAUAUGAAAUCAAUCUAAUGGAUGAACUGACACUGAAGGGCAUCACACAGUACUAUGCCUAUGUGACAGAAAGACAAAAAGUGCAUUGUCUAAACACACUGUUCUCCAAGCUUCAAAUCAACCAGUCAAUUAUCUUCUGUAACUCCACACAAAGGGUUGAACUCCUUGCCAAGAAGAUCACACAACUUGGCUAUUCCUGCUUUUACAUUCAUGCCAAGAUGAUGCAGGAAUACAGAAACCGUGUGUUCCAUGACUUCAGAAAUGGACUGUGUAGGAACCUGGUCUGCACUGAUCUUUUCACAAGAGGAAUUGACAUCCAGGCUGUCAAUGUGGUCAUUAACUUUGACUUCCCUAAAAAUGCAGAGACAUACUUGCAUCGCAUUGGCAGAUCAGGCAGGUAUGGUCAUCUGGGUCUGGCUAUUAACCUGAUCACCUCAGAAGAUCGUUUUAACCUAAAAGGCAUUGAGGACCAGCUAAUGACUGAUAUCAAGCCCAUUCCCAGCAGCAUUGACAAGAGCCUGUAUGUGGCAGAGUUUCACUCCUUGAACCCAGAUGAAGAAGAGACUGCACACAAAGCAGCAGAACUUAAUUAACCCAAACAGGAGAAUAAAUGGACUGAUGCCUGGCAUUCUGCACAUUUCUACUGAAGACAGAUGCAAAGAUGACUCUUUGUUCUAUUGUAGUUUUCAUUUUCUCACCAAAUGCUUCAGGGGUCUGGAACAGCCAUGGUAAAAAUGUGAUGAGCUGCCAUACGUUAAUAGGGGCCAGUAUCAUCAAUUUUGUUCUAUAUAAAUGCACAGAGGUCAUCCCGGGCAGCUUACUCUUUUUCCAGUUGGCGCACAAUAAGCCACUAUUCUGUGUACUCUGAGCAAGACCAUUCACUGUACGUAACUGUUGUUUUAGAGAGAAUUUUCCACCCUACUUCAGUUUAUCAAGAUGCUGCCCGCAAUAGUGAUUGUAGAAAUAUUGGCAGAAGAUGAGAGGGAGCCCCAUAAGAUUGAGUAUUUUAGUGCAGCCUAUCCAUCAGCUUAUGUGGUCUUUGCAUAAUGAAGAGUUCCCACUCUGAGCUUUACAGCUGAUACAGGGAUAAACUGGGAGGUAUAACAAAUUCAUAAUGAUCUUCUGUUGGUGGUGGGUGAAGGUUGGUGCUCUGUUCUCCUGCAAAUGGACAUUAAAAGGACUGUGUUCUGUAAAAUUUAUAUCAACAGCAUUUGGAGCAUAUUGUUAAUUACCUAAAAAAAUAAUAUUUGUCUCGUCCCCCCUCUUUUUUUUUUUCUUUUUUUUUUUAAAUUCAAUCGCAGUGCAAGUUAAUGUGGCCAAUCUGUACAUGUUAAAAUACUCACUGUUUUAAAAGUAUACAAGACUAAUGAUGUGUGUGUAAACAUGAUAUUAGUGUGAUAAAAUCCCUUGCUUGCCUUUUCUGUGUGAAGUUAUUGCCAAUUUACAACAUUGUUACCAUGAUGUUGUAAUGUCAACAACCCCUAAAAAGACAAAAAAUUACAAUUUAAACAAAUUCACAGCUCAAAUAAAAGUGAAUGCAAGUGCUUUUAUAAGCUUCACAUUUCUGUUUAAACCCUCCAAAAAUUGGGCACAUUCACUUUCAUUGUUUGUGCCUCAUUGUAACCUUGAUUUGUCUUUGUUUUUUUAAGCAAUGGAGGGACGAGUUUAUUUUUUUUCAUAAUCAACAUUUUGCUACAAAUGAUGUCGAAUGAGGUUAACUUGUAUUGAACCCAGAACAUUCUUUUAAGAGUAUGCCUGUUUUGUAGGCUACAUUUUGACUGUCACGUUGGACCUCACCAUGUCAUCUUCACUUUCAACUCCCGUUAAAUUGUUUGUUCUCUUCCUUGCAUCACUCAUUUAUGGCUGUGUUUCUCGAAGUGCCUUAAUCUAUUGCUUCCUCUGGUGUGUUGGGAGUGUGAAGGAGUUUGGUGCAAAAAAAGCUUGGUCAGGAUUAUCAAUGGAAGAGCUUGUUACUACUACCUGCUAGAUAUAGUUUCUUUUGAUACCUCAAACCCAUAUCACUUGUUCUCCAUACGACCCACCAGUUUAUUGGUAGUGAACGUUUCUUAUCUCUGCAUUGCUGGGUUGAGCAAUAGAUUUGCCCCAACCAAGAAUUUGUAUAAGUGAGGCAAGACUUUAGUUCUUCCUGCAUUUUGGAAACUUAAAAAAAAAAAAAAAAACUGGGGACUGUUUGAUUGUUCAUUUUGCUUUUAUUUCCUGUUACUCAGUCAGGUGUGUAACAGUAUGUGCAGUCGGGAAUCUAAUUUAAAUCACAAUGCUAUGUCAUGGAUUGUAUUCAGUCUUUUUCUCUGGCAUUGUCUAAUGUACAGAAAGUGACCGAGUAAUGUCUUUUAACAUAUCAGCACAAAUGUUGUGAUGUAAUGGCAGCUGUAAUAAAGUUGGUAGCUCUCAUAUUGUAAACGCAUGUACCAUGUCCCCUGUUGAAUGUGUCGAAUUGUGCACUUUGCCAUGUGUUGUAAUGAGUAGAAGCUGUAUGUUUUACGGCAAGGAUUAAUGGGAGAAUGGCCAAAGCUUUUUGCUGCAAAUGUUGGUGCCAGCCUAUUCUGUCUCUUUCUCUUUUAAGCAAAAUAAAGUCCAUAUUCUCCAAUUGUGUUCUUAUUUUUUCCUCAAGCAACCAGUAUUCAAGGCAACUCUUAAACUGUCUUUCCAGUGACCUAAUCAGAAUUGGUUCAGAAUGAUAAUUUGCUGUAAUUUAGUGGUGUAGCCCUGACCCCUGUUGGU